AUGGCAUCGUCCGCGCCUCCCCGGCGCCCAAAGCGCAAGCGCGUGCGCAAGUCGCGCACAGCUGUGGUGAGCUCUUCAGAUAGCUCUUCGGAGGACGAGAAGGCGGCUCCUGAGGUGCCACAGCGCGUGUCGCCCAAGGCACACUCCCACGCACCUUCCCAGCAAGAACAAGAAAAAAAGGGUGGCUAUGCCUCGGACUCGGGCAGCGAGUUUGACCAGGAGGCUGCUGAUACGGAAGAGAACGACGCAGACUUCUCUGACCUCCGCGAUGCUUUGUCGCCCCCUACCCUUCGCCUGCACGCCGAAAGCAAUGACGAAGAAGGCGACGUGACUCUGCCCAAGACCCGGGUAGGCGGCCGCCUUGCCAACCUCUCCGCACAAUCCAUCUCGCAAGAGCUGGAAGAAAAGCAGCAUGCUUCGUUCCGAUCUCUCUGGAUGCAGGCUCUUACGGAAGAGUUUGGCAACGAGCUGGACCAGAUGCGACAGAAUGACGCUCGUCUGAGCAGUGAAUCAGCAGGGGCGAGCAGUGCUACUGCACGUCUUCCGUUGCUGAUCGAUGCACUGUCGUUCGGCAGCGAGGUGUUCUCGGGUCCUCGUCGGCCCGAGUCGGGUGCCGAGAUGGAGGACGAGCCCGUGGACGAGAUGAGCAUGGCGUUGCCUGCCCAGACCUAG